GUGACACUAGUGACAGUAGGUGUAACUCGAAGUAUAGUUGAAAAUUGCAUUGUGUAAUUUAUGUUUCUGAUUUUCAAAUAGUAAAUUCAGCUAGAAAUUGUUUUUUUUAUGUAAAAUGUCCAAAAUCAACGAUAGAGAUAGAGCUCCUAACUACCAAACUUACAAAUUAGUUAUCGUAGGUGGAGGUGGUGUCGGAAAAUCUGCUAUAACUUUGCAAUUUAUACAGAGCUAUUUUGUGACUGAUUAUGAUCCCACUAUUGAAGAUUCUUAUACUAAACAAUGUGUAAUAGAUGACAUACCUGCCAAAUUAGAUAUUUUGGAUACUGCUGGUCAAGAAGAAUUCAGUGCAAUGAGAGAACAGUAUAUGAGAUCAGGUGAAGGAUUUCUACUAGUAUUUUCUGUAACAGAAAGAUCAAGUUUUGAUGAGAUUUAUAAGUUUCACAGGCAAAUUUUGAGAGUUAAAGACAGAGAUGAAUUUCCCAUGCUUAUGGUUGGAAACAAGGUUGACCUUGAACAUCAAAGAGCAGUUUGGCAAGAGGAAGCUCAACAAUUAGCUAGGCAGCUUAAAAUACCUUAUAUAGAAUGUAGUGCAAAGAUGAGAAUGAACGUCGACAAUGCUUUUUAUGAAUUGGUACGAGUUGUUAGAAAAUUUCAGCUCUCCGAAAGACCACCUCUGAAACCCAGCUACAUCAAAAGGAAUAACAAAAAGUGCUGUGUGCUUUAAUUUAUAUUUUGGGACUAUAGGCUUAUACAUCACAUUUUUCUUGAGGGCAAUUUUUGUGAUUUUUAAGGACACAGAAAAAAUAAUAUUUUUAAGAUACAUUUUAAUUAUUUUAUGUUUGCAUUAUUGAGUUUCAUUGCAUGUGCCAUCAAUUACUUUCAGUUAUUUUAACCACUUGUCUUCCAUUUUUAUGUAGGUAUUGUCCCUCAAUUGAUAUGCACUUUCAUUUACAAUGCAAAUCAAUCUAUAAUUCAUACCUUUACCAAUAUCCAUGUGAUUUUUUUUUAUUGGUUUAUAUUGUUUUAAUUGACAUAUUUUUGCUUUAUUGAGAAGGAAAUAUUUUUAGGAAAGAUUAGUUUUUGGGGAAAAAAGCUUUUUGGAUUUCUAUUUCUACAUCUUUAAACAAUGAAUGUGAAGAACUUCCAAAGAAAGGAAGGAAUAAAAUAACUACAAUAAAAACUCUUUAUGAAGGUAUGCAGAGCAUGGCGAAAGUUUUCUUUCAGAUACAAGGAAAUAACCCUCACAAUUACUUUCAUAUGAACAUUGUCAUUUUAUCAAAACUCUUUCUUUUAUUACGUUGUGUAGCUUUCCUAUGAGUGAUAUCUGUUUCAUUCUUAUGAACUAAUAUUUGGAGAAGAAUUUAGAAAUAUGGUGGCUAGUGUUAGUAGCAAACAGAGAUUAAAAUUUUUGUGUACAGCUCAUCUUGAGUUCAAUAACUUGACCCAGAACAAAAAAAUCAUCGUAAAUGAGAUGAAUAUGCAUGAUAAAGUUCUCAAGGAAUGAAAAACAAUUUACAGAGAGGUAAACAACUUUUCUCAACUAAUUUUGUGAAUUCUAAAAAAUAUUUAGUAUUUUUUGACAAAGUUUUAUACAAGAACAUGUGUAUUUAUUUUGAAUGUUUAUAUAUACAUACUGGUAUCUAUAUUAUGAAUAUUUACAUAUAUCAAGACAUUACGUAAUUUGAAUGAUCAUAUAACUGCUUACUUAUGCAAAUAUGUUAUGGACCAUAAAAAUACCUCAAAUUUGUUGAUUUUAGGUUACUGAUGAUGAAUACUUAAAAUUUGAUACUCCUGGUAUCAUUUCAUAUUUUACAUAAGUCAGCCUUAUUUGCUCCAUUUUUACAAUAAAUUUAUUUAUUC